AUGAGGCAACAAGCCAUUAACGAUUUUUAUGAAAUUGGAGACUGCACGAGUUCUGCAGCAGAUGGCAGUACCGAUAUCAACCACAACGAACAUACGAACGUGGAAGCUGGAGGCUCUGCAAUGGUCAUGAUAGAUGAUACCUAUGAGGAUAAUGAUCAAGACAAUGAAAUUUCUAGAAUGGAGAAAGUGAGCCAGAGGAUUAUGUUUGAGGAUCAGCCCGAAGAUGUGGAUGAACACUAUUUUGCUCAUGUUUUGGAUAAAUACAAUCCUCAUUUGAAGAACUCUGAUAAUAUUGUGAAUGAACCACAAAUCGGUGAGAAUGGAGUGCAAACAAGAAAUGAUGAGGGCUCAUAUGAAUCCCGAGUUGAAAAAGAUGAAUAUGGAGUUCCUCACGUAUCAAUCAGCCUCCAAAAAACUCCUUCUCCAUCUCAAUACAAAAAACGGAUUGUAUUCGGAGCAACAGCUGAGGGAGGGCAGAUCAACUCAACAAAAAAUCCUUAUUAUUCAGGAGGAAAGAAAACUCCUCAGAGUGCCUUGAAACAGCAAUCAUCAGAAGAAAACAUCAAAUUCAGGUCUAUAUUAAAGGGUCAGGAAGGUGGUUUGACUCCAGAGGAGGAGGGCCAACGAAAUCCGUCUUCCAUUCCUCAACCCUCUAAUGUUCCAUUAUCUAAAAAAUCACCCUCUCCUCGAGUUAAAUUUGAAGGAGCCUCUGUAAAUUUAGUGGAACCAUCCAUGCAGGACCACACAAUUACGUUAGAGGAAUUUCAAAAGCGAUAUAUAGAACGAGCAUCCUCUCCUCCACCAUUCUCAGUUAUUGCCGAAGAAAAGCUUGCCAAAAUGCAAGACGUUGAGAAACUAAUAUCCAGCAUUGUGGAGAACUCCCUGGCAAAAAAAUGUUGA